UAACAUCCAUCGAACUCAAUUUUUGCGUAAAAAUUAUAACUGCGAGUGUGUCUGGGUUCGAGGCUUUGUAUAAAUACAUCUACGUCCUGAAAAUUACCGGCAGUCAUUGCGAGAAUUUUGUGAUGAAGGAAUUGUCGCCCAAGGAGGGCAAAUUUUAAGAGCGUUCACUUGAGCCGAGAAUGCCGGUGAAAGUUGACGUAGUACCACCACCGCCCGCAAACUCAAAGCAGCCGGGUGUCACAAAAUCUUUGCUUUACAACGGUUCGCGAUUUCAAGGUUCUCAAAAAUCUAAAGGCAAUAGUUACGACGUAGAAGUAGUUUUGCAGCACGUAGAUGAAGAGAAUAGUUAUUUAUGUGGCUACUUAAAAAUUAAAGGGCUUACAGAGGAAUUUCCCACUUUGACUACAUUUUUUGAUGGUGAAAUUAUAUCAAAGAAAUAUCCAUUUCUAACUCGUAAAUGGGAUGCAGAUGAAGAUGUUGAUAGGAAACAUUGGAGUAAAUUUGAAUCAUUUCGUCAAUAUGCUAAAACAUUUAAUUCAGACACAUUUGAUUAUGAAGCUUUGAAAGGAACUGAUUUUGUUUUUAUGAGGUGGAAGGAACAUUUUUUGGUUCCUGAUCAUACUAUUAAAGAUAUAAACGGUGCCUCAUUCGCAGGAUUUUAUUAUAUUUGCUUUCAAAAAUCUGCUGCUACUAUUGAAGGCUUUUAUUAUCAUCGUAGUUCCGAAUGGUAUCAAUCUUUAAAUUUAAAGCACGUCCCAGAACAUAGCAUACAAAUCUAUGAAUUCAGGUGAAAUCAAUGACUUUCACUCAGUUAUCUCUCCAAGUUUAUAUCUCGCUUCUCCUAGCAUACAGAUCUCAUAAAAAUCAAUCUUUGAAGUAGUUUAAUUCAAUUUGAACAAACAAUAAUUUUUAAAUUGUUUA